UCUCAGCCAACAACCCACGCCAGAGUUCUAGAAACCACAUUUGAAACAAUAAAUCCUCAAGCGGCUCACACGGGAAGUCAGUAUUAUGAUGGACGUACCAGCAGCCACACCGGCGCUCCGUGGUCUUCCGUUUUCUAUUACUCUCAACUGGCCAGCCAGUUUGGCAUGAGUAUUAAUCCAGAGUAUCCUUAUGUUGGGGGCACUGUGACCAGCAGUCCUACAACAACCCACCUGACACAGUACACCACUCAUUCCCCAUCGACUCACCAGGCCGCUCCUACAAUCAUCCUCCAGCCACCAACACAUCUCUCUCACAUUGAGAGCUCUAAGCCUGAUGAGCUUCACAGCCUGCCCAAUAAUUCAGGUCCAUCCAGUCUCAACCCGUCCCUUCACCAAAGCUCCCAAGACCUUGUCAGACAUGUGACAGGGGGCUUAAAGCUCUCGCCAAAUGAUUCCCUCCAUCCAACAGAGCUGAUACUCCAACAGGGGCUGCAGAACAGCCCUACUCCAGAUGUCCACCAUGUUAACCUCGACCACAUGGCCUCAGCCUUAGGUGAUGCACAAAGCAUAAUGGUCCGUCAUGUCAGUGAUGGUAGGCAGUCCUCUCCUGGCA